UCGGGGUUUUGGACUAGGUGCAGCUAUUCAUCGACAACGUAACACGUGACUAAAGUUCCGUAAAGUUUUUUAUUUUAUUUUAAGGAUACUUUUUUAUUUCUUCCAACUGAGCACUGCAUGGGAAAGCGAUGUUGGUGAAGUUGCUCACUGGCCUUGCGCUGUGUGUUGUUCUGAGCGUACAAGGAGAACCUAAACUGAUGGGCUCAGAUCAGCCAGUUAAAGCAUCAGUCGGCCAGGACGUCAUCCUUCAGUGUUGCUUGAGACCCCCUCUUGAUGCGAGGACCCGUACAGUAGAGUGGACACUCAAUAAAACACUGGUGCACGUUUACCGGAAUAGGAGGGAUGAUCCCAACCUUCAGCACGAUAACUUCAAGGGCAGGACAUCUCUUUUUCACAAUGAAAUGCGCAAAGGAAACAUCUCACUACAACUCUUCUCAGUAAACAAAUCGGAUGCAGGAAAUUACACAUGCUUCAUUCCCAAACUAGGGAGUAAGGUCAACAAAGGAUACGCUGUCCUCAUUGUAGCCUCUGCAUCAGUCCCAGAAGAUAAAGAUAUUUUGAAAGAGGCUUCCAGUCACAAUGUUGCCAUUGGCAGUGGUGUUAUUGUUGGUGGUGUUGUCAUCAUCUUUGGGAUCAUCAUAAUAGUCAUAGUAAGAAGGAAGAAGAUGUCGAAAUACAAUCUUUUUCAGAUUCAGGCAUCCUUAUUGUCUGUACACGACUCAAAAACACAGAAACAACGUCGUUAUAUGUCAGAGGCAAAAAAAUCAACACACAUAGAUCAACACAAAGAGACAACAAGCAGCCGUAAAGCAGCGGGGAGAAGACUCAACACUGGGAGCAAUCAGGACAACAUACCAGAGGAACUGAACAACUUGAAAAACCCAGACAACAAUUCAUAGUUUUUGGUCACGUGACAUGCGCGGUGAUCUGGAGGGCAAAACAACAGACCAACUCCGCGACUCCCCCGUAGAGACGUCGAAAAGCAGUCAGAUUUUAUUUGGAUCACCUUUCAACUUAACACAAAGACAGAUAUGAACACAAACUGCAAGUGUUGGGCAUUUCCCAUCCAUUUAACCGUACAGCAUUCGCUGCCACAUUUCUACCGUUAAAAACUGCCAGGUCCCUGCCGCCUCUAAUUUUUACUUUUUAUAUUCUGGAGAAACCCUCACCUAACAAAGCCCAGGCUUGUCUGCUCAAUUAGUGAAUCGGAAAGCACAACAACAAUCCAGCAUUUUGGCAACGCAAAAAGUAACAAACUCAAAGUAACAGUGUAUCACUUGCUUAUUGGUUGGCAGGUAGCGGAAAAUAACGUCUUUUUUUGCUUCAUGUGACGCUUCAGAGGAAAGGACGUCUCAUGUCUCUAAAAACAUAUUUCCUCGUCCCCUCUCUCGCUUGGUUUCCUUGCAUCUCUCCAUGCAUCCCUGAUGGGCGGGACUAAGACGCUAGAAAAAGACGCAAGUGAUGGGAAACAGAGAGAUGCAGCCUAUGAACCAGUUGACAGAAGACAGAUGGAGGUUUUUUUAUUCCAUCUAAAGAUCUUUGUGAGGUGAUCUGAGUAACUGUACACACCUGUAACUCCCACAUUUUCCUUAAGCCGUGAUGUGAAGUUUAUUUAUUUAUUUCUUCUAUAAAACACUCAGGCAUUUAAUAGAUAUUGCAGUGUGAGGAAAGAUUUUAGUGGGCAUGGUAGUUUUUGCAUUUAAUUUGCGCAGUAUCUAGUAGGAGUAAGGAGGAGGGAAUUAUAAAUAAAGCUGGAUAAAUACAGGGAAGCACCCUGGAAUCAAGGACCAAUAUUCAAAUGUGAAAACAGUCUCAAAAAAUGGGAAAGGAACCUGGAGAUUAGGUGACACACUGUGGGUUCCAGAUGUGGAUGGGUGUGUGUGGAUGUGUGUAAAAAGUAUGAGUGUGUGUAAAUGUGUCACUCGAAAAAACCUCCUCCCUUAAAUCCGCUAAAAAGUUUUUACACUCACUUGAGGUGGGUUUUGCCUUUGUCAAAAGUUGGCCUAAUGCGCAAAAUGGGAGUGAAAACACUUUUGCCAAAUAGGUUCUGACGUAGCGAACUUGUAUAAAACUGUGCGCAGAACCCUCACUAAAAGUGUACAUACGCCCAAAAGCCAAAAAUGGCAUACGUCAAAAAAUAUUAAGAUUAUAAAACCAUGUGUAUGCACAUCUGUAAGCAAGUUCCCUUUUUAUAAAUCACAAUCAAAAUGUGGCAAGUGUGUGAAAAGAGUAAACCAAAUGCAUUCCGCCUGUGUUUACAUUUAUUUAGGCUACACAAACAGUCCACUCAGUUAAUGAGGCUGGCGAUGAGUUGAAAGAAAUAUGACUUGCUGUAAAUGACAUAAAAUAGUGUUAUAUUUCCAUAAUGUGUUUUUACAAGCCUCACAUCCACCCGCGGGCACACAGUGUUUGGCUCGAUAGGGCAACGAACAUGUGAAAAGGCUAAAUGAAACUAUACACUCCUAUUUGCUCAACUGACGCACUGAAAACGCCAUCAAAUUAAAUAUUUUUUCCUCCUGUUCACCUUAUUUAUGAAAAUAAAUUGCACUGCAUGCAAGUAUUAAUUGCUAUAACUCCCAAUUAAAUUGUCCAACAUAUUUGAGGCUUUCUUUCGCAGAAACGGAUAUCUCCAUUUGUGUUUAUUCUAAAUCUGGAUCUUUUGUGUGUGCUGCAAAUGAUCUUGCCAGAUAUUCCCAUUAUGCGCGGAGACAAUCGAAAACUCACCUGUUUCGAUUUACUUUUUUCUUUCUUUGUUGUUCAUAUAGCGGCAAUUUAUCUCAUUGCACUUUUCAUAUAGUGCAGGUCUAGACCGCACUACUCUUUGUGAUAUUAUUUAACAAAGGCAUCACCUACGUGCAGGCACCUUCUGUGUUUAUCAAAAAUUGAGGUCUCAAAACUUUGAAUGUUGCUGUGUGCCAAUUAACAAUAAUUAACAAUAUGCAUUACGUGAUAGAAAAAUGUAUCUGGACACAAUCGUUUACACAUUAAAAUGCCAGUUUAGAAUUUAGACUGCUUUAUGCAGACAGAGUCUAGGGUUCACUAACAAUAUUUUUUUUUGUACAGGCAUUUUGACUAAUUGUCAGUACUGUAAGCUGUGUUAAGAGUCCUUAUGUUAGUGUCUGUUAUUUUUUUUUAGUGGACUGCACUUUAUGACUUUGCACUGUGGCUCUUGAACUGUCCUGCAUUAUGUUAACAUGUUUGUUACUUUGUCCACUCACUGGUUGUCAUUGUUUUAUCCAGGUAUUGCGCUUUCAUCACUUUGUUGCACUUUGUCUGCCUUUCAACAAAAACACAACCUCAUUAACCUUCUGAAGGAUACAUAAAAAGGAGAUGUUUUGUUUUUUUGCUCAGUUCCACUUUCUUACUGACAAAAGAUCAAUACAGCCAGUGGCCUUAUUAGCACAAAGUCUGGAAACAGGGAUUAAUGUGGUAUCAGUCCUCCCAUCUAACUCUAAGAAAGCAAAUAAUCAUUUUUUAAACUAUUUCUUUUAAAACUUGAAGUGUGAUUGACUAAUUUUUCCCACUUUUCUAAAUCAUUCCCAAACUAAUGUAAUGAUGCAUGUAAACAGUCCAAAUUAGUAUUACAUGCUACGUGCUUGUAUUUGUACUGAAUGAAUCUGUUUUAUUUCAUGUGUUGCUGAAAGACUUUUUGGGGAGGGUACGAGAUGGGACAGUGUGAAUGGUUCAUUGUAUUUGUGUAGCUGUUUGUUGGUCUGUUUUCAUAUAUAAAGUUAUUUAUUUACA